UAAGAAGUGUUCACCUACCGUCCUUUGCUGUAUUUGUACACAGUGAACGGAAUCUUAAUGGAACUCUGUCUUCCUGUAGACAUGAUAGAAUGAUAAUGGGUAAAUGGUAAUUUGGAUAAUGGAAAUUUCAUGGGAAUUUCCUGUGGAAAUGGUGCUAAAACAACUCUACGUUCUUCACUAGUAGCAUGUAAGGAUUGUUAUGGCAAUCGAUUACAACGAUCAGAUAAAUGGCUUCACCGCGAAGGUUGAUGCCCACGCUAAAGCAUUUGUCACCGCGGCCACUCGAAAAUGUAUUGAACGUCAGAGCACUUUCGAGUCCGAAAACUCCAAGCGACAGACAGGUGAAAAAUGAGAAAUUAUUGUCACCGUUCAAUAUCGAUACUCCUAAUCGAAUGAGGAUACUGAAAGACGGAUUGCCGAGGAAACAUCGUCCCGUGCUAGGAACAGGUGCCUCCGGUACCGUCUACAAGGCGCUUUACAAAGGAAACCAGGUAGCAGCCAAAGUGAUACAACGCAAACAGAACGAAGUAGUGAACGCGGAGAGGCACGCGGCUGCUCUACGGCACGCCAACAUCGUGAGAAUAUUAAAUAUAGAGGAAGGCAGCAGCUUGUCGCUGAUAACGAUGGAACUGUGCGGCACGUCGUUACAGGACCGGCUGCAGGAAUCGGCGCUGCCGAGGGACGGUCGCGUUUCCGUCUGGAGCGACAUCGCCUGCGCGCUCCAAUUCUGCCACAAUUCGGGCGUGAUACACGCGGACGUCAAGGCAACGAAUAUUCUAAUGACCGCGAAUGGUCGGGCCAAACUCACAGAUUUCGGUAGCUCUAUGCUGAUCGACGAGCCGCACGUUUCGGUCAAGCCGCAAGGUACGCCAGGUUACGCGGCACCGGAGGUGCUCAGAGGAGACGCGCCAACUUUCGCCGCCGACAUUUAUUCGCUAGGAAUCGUAGCCUGGCAAAUGCUGUCUCGGGAAGUACCCUUCCAUGGAUUGCACAUCCAUACCAUCAUAUACCUCUCCGCGAAAGGCACACGCCCCAAAGAUGAUCUCGACGACGAGUUUGAUGGCAGGUACAGGGAGUUGUUCAGAGCGACGUGGUCGCAGAACAUCGCAGACAGGCCCUCGCUGAGCGAAAUAAUCAGUAGACUCAAUCUUUUAAUCGAUCGUUAA